UCGCUCCAUCCCACGUGACGAUAUCCGGCCCCUCCGAAGCGAGAGUGGGGGACCCAGUGCCCCUGACCUGCAGUACAGCACCUUCCAACCCUGCAGCGGAGAUCAAAUGGGUGGUCCUCGGAAAACAGCAUAAGGAGGCAAACAAUAGAACUGCUAUAUCGCCUGAAGGUGGCUGGGUGACCACAUCCAACGUGACGGUGAUGGUGGAGCCGAAACGCACUUCCGUGGUGGUGGUAUGCCAUGGUAUCAACGGACAACUGGCAGAGAACGUGGUAGCAACACAUACCAUCAACGUGCUGUAUCCCCCGAUGCUCCGAUGAUCACCGGGUACAUACCAGGAACGACUCUAUCAGCUGGCACGGUGCAGAAGCUGUCCUGCAUCUCCACCGGAGGAAACCCCCUGGCCACUCUCACGUGGUACAAGAAUGAUAAGAAGAUACAUUCAGUAACGAAGACUACGGAGAAGUCAGUGUCUGCAGAGAUCUCUAUCCUGACGAACGUGACUGACAACCAAGCGCAGUACAGAUGCGAAGCCACCAACAGCGCCACUGAGAUCCCACUCUUCGAAAAAGUCACUUUGAACGUUCAUUUCGCCCCAGAAGCAGUGAAAGUGAGAGCAGAACCUGAAAAGUUGAAACCGGGAAUCGAAGCCACACUGUACUGCGAUGCAGCCUCUAGUAACCCACCAGCGCACGUAUCCUGGUGGCGGGAUGGUAUACCUGUGCAAGGUCUACCAAUGCAGCUCAAGAAAGGUCUUCACGGAGGAACAGUGUCAACAAUAGAACUCAAGCUGAAGAUCACCAAAGACAUGAACGGUGCGAUCUACACCUGCCAAGCCACGAACGAAGCGCUACAGAGAAGCGUCCACGAUGCUAUGGCGUUGAAAGUUCUUUACGCGCCAAUAUUCGACGAAGCAACGCCCUACACAACAGUUGGAGUAGAAAACGAACCGCUAAUCGUAGUAUUACGAGCUGAUGGCAACCCUGGAAGCAUCACUUACACUUGGACCAAGGACGGACUCCCCAUCACACAGUCUUCUUAUAGCAGCGGUAAUGACAGAAUACUUUCGGAAGGAAGUAUGCUGAACUUGACCCGACUGUCUCGCCGACGCCGGUGUGUACACGUGCGAGGCUGUCAACUCCCAGGGAGCUGCUACUGCCAACAUCAGCAUAAAUGUUCACUGUAA